CGGAAAAUAUCGGGCUAUUCUCUUUAGUGUUUGCCCUGUCUACCUCUUCCCCGUAUUUUCAUACUAAACCAGUCCAGAAACCAUUCUAAAAUAGGACAAAAUCGAGCAGACACUACGCUUUCACGUCGCACCUCAUGGAGUAAAUCACAACCGGAGCGAAAUACACCGAGGCGAGGUUGAGUAUUGCAUUCGUCCUUCAUUCCACAAACCCACACUGUCUCUUUUUGUCUCCCUUUCACACACACACAACUCUUCUUAUAAAGAUAUUUUCCCACCUGCCUGCAAAGCCUACCAGGUCAUUCAAUCAACCCGUCUUACUGUCAGCCAAUCGGAAUGUCACAGCUUCAGUUCCAGAUGCCUGGCAACUCUGCACCCAACAGUGUCCCUUUACAGCUGGCCCUGCCCCAACCCAGGUUCAGUAUUCCUUGUGCCACCGCUUCCUUACCCUCAGAGAGUGCCAGUCACCCGCUACGAAGCUCCGCCCUACCUUCUGCCUCUGCCACGCCCUUCUGCAACCCUACAGUAUCUAACAUGGCAAACCCUAAAGAGAAGACCCCAAUGUGUUUGGUGAAUGAGUUAGCCCGUUAUAAUAAGAUCCAACCUGAAUACAAGCUACUCAGUGAACAAGGACCAGCCCACUCCAAGAUUUUCUCAGUGCGGUUAACUCUGGGGGAGCAACACUGGGAUGCAGAGGGGACCAGUAUUAAAAAAGCCCAACACACGGCAGCAUCAUGUGCUCUCACCCAAACAACUCUGCCCAAACCCAGUCACAGAAGCCCCCGCCACCCUGGGAAGAACCCAGGUGGGAUCUACAAUGGCUCAGAGUAUAGCAUAACCCACACUGUGGAGCUUAAUGCACUUUGUAUGAAGUUGGGCAAGAAGCCUAUCUAUAAACCUAUAGAUGCCUACCAGGGGAUGAGACCGGCAUUCAACUACAACAUCAGAGCACCAGGCCCUUAUGCACGUUCCAUGCAUCAUUAUUACUACCCAUUUCCCCCAGUGGGGCCUGUACUGUAUAAUAUGGAGCUUUCUAUCGGCGGACAACAGUUCCAUGGCAAGGGCCGCACGCGUCAAGCGGCCAAACACGACGCUGCCGCUAAAGCUAUCAAAUAUCUACAGGAAGAGCCAAUACUGCAGCAACUGGCUGAGGUGAAAGAAGAGCCAGUCGAAGAAAAUCUCAACAAAUCAGAGAUCAGCCAAGUUUUCGAGAUUGCACUGAAGCGCAGCAUGCCUGUGAAUUUCGAGGUGCAAAAAGAGGCGGGGCCUCCUCACAUGAAGAGCUUUGUGGUGAGAGUAACUGUGGGCAAAUUUUUAGGGGAGGGUGAGGGCAAAAGUAAGAAGAUCGCCAAGAAGCUAGCUGCCAUCGCUGUGCUGGAGGAGCUUCGGAAACUACCACAACUACCUGUCGCUGACAAGAUGCCGUCACGCAUUAAAAAGAAAAGCAAGUCCAUUAUUAAGCUACAGACCAGUCCAGAGUAUGGGCAGGGCAUGAACCCCAUCAGCAGACUGGCUCAGAUCCAGCAGGCGAAGAAGGAGAAAGAGCCAGAGUACACUUUAGUGACAGAGAGAGGACUGCCAAGACGCAGAGAGUUUGUCAUGAAGGUGUCUGUUGCAGGGCAAAGCGCUGAGGGAAUGGGCCCUAGUAAAAAAGUGGCCAAGCGAAAUGCAGCCGAGAAGAUGUUGGAGAUUCUGGGCUUCAAAGUGCCUCAGCCACAACCACCCAAACCGGCAUUGAAAACUGAUGAGAAGCCACCUGCUAAAAAACCUGGAGAUGGACGAAAAGUAACCUUCUUUGAGCCGGGCUCUGUGGAGAAAGCUGUUCUUGUCAAGGAGGAAGACUUCCGACUCCCCUACCCCAGCCAUCAACAGCUCCCUGCUGGCAUUUUACCCAUGGUGCCUGAGGUGGCACAGGCAGUGGGUGCCAACCAGGGACCUCAUGCCAAAGACUUCAGUCGCCUAGCUGCCCCCAACCCGGCUAAGGCCACUGUCACAGCCAUUAUUGCCAAUGAGCUGCUGUACGCUGGUACAUCCCCAACCGCAGAGGGAAUACUGAAGACCAACAACAGCUUGGCACACAGACCCAACGGAACCCUUACCAGACCGUCCGAGCAACUCAGCUACCUGGCUACUGUACAGGGCUUACAGGUUGAAUACAAAGACUUUCCUAAAAACAACAAGAACGAAUUUGUGUCUCUGAUAAACUGCUCCUCUCAGCCUCCUCUCAUCAGCCAUGGCAUCGGCAAAGACGUGGUGUCCUGCCAUGAUAUGGCUGCUCUGAACAUCCUUAAGCUCCUGUCAGAACUUGACCAACAGUCCAAUGAGCGCACAGCUAAUGGACCGAUGUCGAGGUGCAGCAAACAAGACCUAGAGGGCGACGCAUUACUAAAACCAGCUAACUCAAGCACCAUCGGGAUUUCUCUGGACAGCACAGCGUAGAAUUUACUAUUUAAUUGAUUAUUUUAUCUACAACACACUAGAGAAAAGUCUGAAGCAGAGUGUAAUUGGCUGCUCACGUAGGCCUUGGAGAUAUAGUAUUCUAAACUAUUCUAAACUAAGUUAAACAAGGUUGAGAGAUUUGACUCACUCCUUGAUGUUGUUUAAUUCUGCACAUGCAGUAAUCGAUUUAUUUAAAGCACUAAGGCUUUGAAAAAGUUGCCUCAUCAUAUCCAGUGAAGUGGUGGUUUUGUUUCUGUUGUUGAAUCGUAAAAUGAUACUCGUAAUGUUCCAAUUGAGUAGAGACUUUUUCUUUGUUGUUCCAAUUGGAGGAAGUCAUGUUUUCAUUGUCAUAAUUUGUUCUUUUAUUUCUUUUCUCUCAUUUUUUAUUUUAAUUUUAUUUGUUAUGUUUAUGUAUUAUAGAAACCCAGUGAGUUGGUUGUUGUGUUAGCGCUGUUGUGAAGUGCAGUUUAAAACCCCAUUGAAGGAUAUGAUGAGGCUUCUGCAUGCCUCUGCAUUGGUGGUUUUUCUCCAGUACUUUGAUGUUACAAUGACAACCGUAACAUGAAACACAGCAACAAAAUUCAUCUACAUUUUCAUGUAGGCUUGGGAAAAUGUUUUCAUGACUUCAUUGUAGAGCGUGUGGUGGUGUUUUAUGUCCUGUGCGUGUGAGCAAGAGUGAUUGAGAAAGUGAAUGUAUGUUUCAAGUAGGGAUGUGCGCUACGACUAAUUUGACUGUCGUUUAAACAGAAGUUUUGUAACCGACUAGUCUAAAGAGAAACCAACCUUCAGAAAACAGUAAAAAAAAAAAAAAGUGUGUUUAUGCGACCCAUUUAAAAUACUUCAUCUAUUCCAAAUCCGAUGCUAAAUUCCACUGAAAAGGGGCAUUUAUCUGCGACGUGCUCGCCUUGAAUUAUGAUCAUUGUACAUUAAAUAUAGAACAUGACACGCAUUCACUGAAUCAACGUUAGCAAAUAUUUAACAGACAUAUUUAUUGAAAACAAUUGAAUGAACAGUGCAGGAUCAAUGGAACAACCAUUAAAAGCCUGUUCUAUACGGAAAUCACCAACUAAAAGUUACUUAACAUAUUAAAACAGUCAGGACAUUGUUGAAAAAUAAUUAAUAGGUAGAUUAAGCCAAAUCUAUGAGAGAAAACAAAUGCACUGAAAAGUUGCGUGUAUUUCACGACGUGCAGUCGUGCAUGAACCAUUGAUCUAAUAUGACAGCUGUUCAUUAAGGAACGUUAACCAAUAACAAUUACGAUGUAAAAAAUAUAAGAACAACAAAGUAGCUAUAGGAUAGAAAAAAAUAGGCCUGUGAUGUAGCCUACAAUAAUCCUAAUGUAUUCUAAACAUGACAUGAACACAGAAUAAAAUAUAGUUUAACCCGUUCAGCAGGCGGCACCUUGUUGAAAAUAGCUUUCUUAAUCAGCAGAUUAAAAAAUGACAUACCUAGCCUAAAACAGUUAUUUUCUAGGCUACUAACUCAAAAGCAUAAUUUUUUGGAUGAGCAAAAUUAACCCGUCGACCUGGUCUGUUUAAAGACGGGACUUGACUCACCUGAGGCGUCUAUCUUGCGCUUGAAAAAGCCCGCUCAGCGGAAAAAUAACGUACAAUCGUGCACGUAUGUAAAGAACACUCAAAUAGGGACUUUCAAACGUUUGGAAAGCCGAUUCCCGCACCACCGAAGUGAUUUCAUAACUACUUUGCUGUGUUUUCUUGUCUAGCGAGAGGACAUUUUCCUGCUUGGCGCGAGUGAGAGAGGGAAGAAGCACGCGCAGCCUGAGGUGAAAUUAAACUCUGUAUCUGCUCCAGAAAUCCUUUUUUUAAAUAAUAUUUGUAUUAUUAAAUUCUAUUUAAAAUAUGUAACAUUAAUAUGACAGUAAUUUAAGUGCAGCCUCUGUAAAAAUAUGAAGCCAAACAUAAAUGUGUAAAAAUUAUGAUCAGUUUAAUGGGGGGAAAUAUUAACCGACUAGUAACUCCAGUGUCGACUAGCAGCAUCCGAACCGUUUAGUCGACUAGUCUCGCACAUCCCUAGCUUCAAGCACGAUAAUCUUCAGGUUUGUCUGUUAAACUGAUGCUCCUCCUCAUCUCAGUGUUGACCCUGCCCACUCUCUGCCAGUUGCGUCAUCUUUUUCUCAUGGAAUACCAGUAAAAAUGACGUGCCUCUUGCACAAAAAACUAA